AGUCAGAGGUGAAGAACAAGUUUCUCAGAAAUGGCUAAAAGGGUAAGUCUCCUUUUCCCCUAAAUUUUGUUCAUUUGCGGUCUAUUUAUAAAUCUUAUACUAUGAUUUUUGUUCUAUUUGUACUUUCAUCAGUACCAGGCCGUUGGUAGAGCUCUUUCAUUGGAGUCUGAUGAACAUCCCAAGCUUUGGGCUACCAAUGGAGAUAGCGAAGCAUCAACCAGUAAAACUAUCCCAUUUGAAAAAGAAGUUGGUGAGACUCGGAAUUGGCUGGAAGGACUGCCUCGUGAUGUCACAGUGGCGAUACUCAAAAAGGUUGGGGUCAUUGAUAUACUGAAGAAUGUUCAGAAUGUGUGUACCUCAUGGCACAAAAUCUGUCAAGACCCUGCAUUGUGGCGGUCCAUUGACAUGUCCGACAUCAACCCUUCCUAUCUGCCGCCAAAUAAGAUGUUCGAGAUAGUCAAGCAAGCAAUUGAUCGAAGUUGUGGCCAGUUGAUCGAUAUCAACCUCAAGUAUUGCUGCAAUAACGAUAUCCUCAAAUACAUUACUCUCAGGAAAAAUCAGGUGAGACGUCUUAAACUUGUUUCGUGCUGGCACAUUACCAAUUAUGGAUUAAGUGAAGCUGCUAAAAAGAUGACAUCCAUAGAAGAACUCUAUCUUCAUUUGGGGAGAAUCACAGAAGUAGGUCUUGAAAAUGUUGGGCGCAGCUGCCCUGGUCUGAAAUCACUCACACAUAAUCAACAUAGUAUAUUCAUCAAUGUGGAUAAUCCAAAUUCCGUAGCACUUGCUAUCUCAAGAACUAUGUCUCAGUUGCGUCACCUGAACCUUAUUGGGAAUUACAUGACUAACACAGGCCUGCAAGCCAUUCUAGAUGCUUGCCCUCAUCUUGAAUCACUUGAUCUUAGGCUGUGUAAUAAUAUUGACCUGUCUGGUGAGUUGGGUAAAAAAUGUUCUUCUAUAAAGACAUUCCGCCACCCCAAUGAGUUUGUUGGUCGAGGGAGGUCUAUCCUAGACCUAUACGAUGAUAAUAUUGACCUAGAUGAUGAUUUUGCUGAUGAAUAUUUUUUUUUUUAUGACUAAGUGAUUCUUAUAAACCCAAAAUAACUAAAACAUUUGUUAUAUGUUUCAUGUCAUCCUUUUGUCUUUACUUUAGACCCAUGUAUUUUAUCUUGACUUUUCAAGUUUUUUGUACUGAAAACUCUGAUUAUGUGGUAGUGUUAUUGCAUUGUUUUAGA